AAAAAAUAAAAAUUUGUCUUUGUAUAAAAAAGAAGCGUGAUUUCUCAUAACUUGGCUGAUAAAAUCUCCCCUCACUCAGUCUCUCAACUCUCUCACCUUCCCUUCUUUCACAUUCACCUCUUUUUAUAAUCCUCACACUUCCAUCUCUCUCCUCUGCUCUACUCCAUGAGUGAGAAGCAGAGAACACUUCCAUCAAUGCCGAACCUUUUUAUGUCUUGUUAAAUCUCUUCACUUUCACACCAUGACUAUCUAAAAAACAACAAAUUAAAAAAAAUAUAUAAUCUUCAUUAAAUCUCAUCAAUGGCACCCUCUCAAGAUUUCCAAGAACAAACCCCAUUUUCCAUUCUAGAUGCUUUGUAUUGUGAGGAAGAAAAAUGGGAAGAUGAUGAUGAAAAUGAAGAAGAACAUUCUAGAAGUUUUCAAGGAAUUAACAAUGGUGGAAAUGAAACCCCAUUUUUACUUCCUCUUCUAUUAUUAGAACAAGAUUUAUUCUGGGAAGAUGAAGAACUUUUGUCUCUGUUUUCCAAAGAAACAGAGCAAACCCAAGAAAUUUCAGAAAAAAACACCAUGGAUUUAAAUGAUUUCUCUUCUUCAAGAAAUGAAGCUAUUGAAUGGAUUUUAAAAGUUAAUUCCUAUUAUGGGUUUUCUACUUUAACAUCAGUUCUUGCUGUUAAUUACUUUGAUAGAUUCUUUUCAAUCUUCCAAUUUCAAAGUGAUAAACCAUGGAUGUUUCAACUUACUGCUGUUACUUGUCUUUCUCUUGCUGCUAAAGUUGAAGAAACCCAUGUUCCUCUUCUCUUAGAUCUUCAAGUGGAGUCAGGAAAAUACAUGUUUGAAGCAAAAACAAUACAGAAAAUGGAGGUAUUGAUCUUAUCAACAUUAGAAUGGAAGAUGAACCCAGUAACUCCAUUAUCAUUUCUUGAUCAUAUAAUCAGACGGCUAGGAUUGAAGAAUCAUCUCCAUUGGGAGUUUCUCCGGAGAUGUGAACGACUCUUACUCUCUCUCCUCUCUGAUUGGAGAUUUGUUAAUUAUAUGCCAUCAGUAUUGGCUACUGCCACAAUGAUGCAUGUCAUUGACCAGAUUGAGCCUUGUAACCCACUUGAUUACCAAAAUCAGCUUCUAGGUGUGCUUAAUAUCACCAAGGACAAGGUGAAUGAGUGUUACAAACUAAUCGUGGAGAAGACAAUGAACACAAAAAAAUCAGACGAUAUCAUCAAUCAUCACAAAAGACCAUUUGAUCAAAUGAUGUUCAAUUUUCAUCGCCAACCACCUCCAAGUACGACUAUGACUACAAUUUCAAGCAGUGAUAUUAUUCCAAGUAGCCCAAGUGGAGUAAUGGAUGCAUAUUAUCUUAGCUGCGACAGUUCUAAUGAUUCUUGGACCGCUGUCAAUUUAUCAUCUUCUUCAUCUUCACUCUCGUCUUCUCCCAUGGCGAGGAAGAAGACUCGAGUUCAUGAGCAACCAAUGCCCUUGCAAUUACCUUCACUUUCUAGAGUCUUCCUUGAAGUUGUUGGUAGUCCUCGUUAAGCAAGCUAAGCUUUUAAACAUCAUCCAUGGCGGAAUAUUUUUCUGUUGUUUAAAAUGGGGGACAUAUUUAUAUCAUAUAAUACUACUGAACUUAUAUUAUAUGGGUAUAAAUUCAUUCCCUGCAAUUUUUAUGUUUUGAUGAUGCAUGAUCAUGUUUUUUCAUGUGCAAGGAUGGUUGCAUGCAUGCAUGCAUGCAUGGAUGGAUGUAGUAUUAUGAUGAAUAAAAUCAUGAAUAUGAUGAUGGAGGGAA